AUGGCGGAAUCAGGCAAGCAAGAGAAGGAGUACGCUUCUACAGAUCCCCUUGGAGUUGCCAACCAGACAAACUCAUCCGAGCCUGUCGCCACAGCACCUCUACAAUAUGUAGGAUCCGAGAGCGAUCUCUCGGAUUCGGAUCAAGGGCAGAAGGAGGAUGGUCAGCCAGACGUCCAUAGGACCGCCACUGCAACUACGACUACCUCAACCGUGACCGUGGUAUCGCAAUCGGAGGAAAAGAAACCAUGGUACAAACGUCUGAAUCCAUUGAAGAAAUCGAUCAAACCUCCAAUACCGAAAGAAAGGAGGGUGUCAAGGGAAUACGGGGCCUCCUUCCUCAGUCUGUUGACCUUUCAAUGGAUGGCGCCACUCAUGAGUACGGGGUAUCAACGGACACUGGAGCUCAACGAUAUUUGGCUGGUCAAUCCGAAUCGCGCAUCUCCCGUCCUCUCAGACAAACUCAGUGCUUCGUUUCAGAGGCGAGUGGCUCGCGGCGACAAGUAUCCCCUUUUAUGGGCCAUGCACGAGACCUUCAAAUUCGAAUUCUGGCUCGGAGGGAUUUGCCAACUGUUCGCCAGCAUCUUCACGGUCAUGUCACCCUUCACGCUUCGAUAUCUAAUCGCUUUCGCCACCCAGGCAUACGAAGCGCAAGUCGACCAUAAACCGGCACCUCACAUCUCCAAAGGCAUAGGAUUGGUCAUUGGCAUUACGGUCAUGCAGAUGUGUCAGAGCUUGGGAACAAACCACUUUAUCUACCGAGGCCAGAUGGUGGGAGCGCAGUCGAGAGGCACAUUGAUAACGGUCAUUUUUGAAAAAGCAAUGAAGAUCUCGGGACGGGCCAAAGCAGGUGGGAAGGCCAUUGAGGAUACAAUGAAGCAAGAUGGGGAGGUCAAUAAGGAGAUGAAAAGGCAGAACCUCUUCAAGCGCAUGGUCGAUAAAAGGUUCAACCCAACGGGAGGUCCGCAAGUCACACCUGACAAGGCGCAAGGAAUAUCCGGUGACGGAGCCGGUUGGGGCAAUGGAAGAGUGGUCAAUCUCAUGUCUACCGACACCUAUCGCGUUGACCAAGCUUCAGGCAUGUUUCACAUGGUGUGGACAUCACCAGUGACCAUUAUGAUUACCUUGGUUGUUUUGCUUAUCAAUCUGACCUACUCGGCACUAGCAGGAUUCGCACUUUUAGUCAUCGGCAUUCCAGUAUUGACCAAAGCAAUCAAGAAGCUCUUCUCGCGAAGGCGAGCGAUAAACAAGAUCACAGAUCAGAGGGUGUCCCUUACUCAGGAAAUCCUUCAAGCGGUCCGCUUUGUCAAAUACUUUGGUUGGGAAAGUUCCUUCCUCGAGCGCAUUGGUCAGAUCAGGAGACGCGAGAUUCGUGCGAUUCAGCUUUUGUUAACCAUCAGAAACGGAAUAAACGCAGUCUCCAUGUCAUUGCCCAUCUUUGCCUCCAUGCUCUCUUUUGUAACGUACUCGCUCUCUAAGCACGACUUGGUGGCAGCUCCCAUCUUUUCCUCCUUGGCGCUGUUCAAUUCGCUCCGGAUGCCUUUGAAUCUACUACCAUUGGUCAUUGGUCAGGUUGUGGAUGCUUGGUCCUCGCUCGGACGAAUACAGGACUUUCUGAUCGCAGAAGAGCAGAGUGACGACUUUAUAUGGGACAUGGAAGGGAAGCACGCCGUCUCCAUGGAGCAUGCCGACUUCACAUGGGAACGGACCAUCACCCAAGAUCCAGACAAAAAGACUGGCGCGCAACUCAAUAAGAAGCAGAUUAAGAAGGUCAAAGAUGCAGAGAAGGCGGCGGCCCACGGACCAAAUCCCGCCGGUUCCGAGAGUGGAGAGGACAGCUCCAGCACUCUAACUCAAGUCGAGCCUUUUAGAUUGCACGAUAUGGAGUUCUCUGUCGGACGUAAUGAGCUCAUUGCAGUCAUUGGUGGCGUUGGCUCUGGCAAAAGUUCACUGCUUGCUGCCUUGGCUGGUGAUAUGCGCAGGACGAACGGCAGCGUGACCAUGGGCGCUACACGAGCUUUCUGUCCACAGUAUGCCUGGAUCCAAAAUGCUUCUGUGAAAGAUAACAUACUUUUCGGGAAGCCGUAUGAUAGGAAAUGGUAUGAUGCCGUCAUCGACGCCUGCGCUCUACGACCGGAUCUUGAGAUGCUUCCCAACGGUGAUAUGACUGAAAUUGGUGAACGAGGUAUCACUGUUUCAGGAGGGCAGAAGCAGCGUAUGAACAUCGCCCGUGCUAUUUAUUUCAACAGUGAUGUUGUCCUCAUGGAUGAUCCUCUUUCAGCGGUCGACGCUCAUGUUGGGCGCCAUAUCUUUGAUAACGCGAUUUGCGGUUUGCUCAAAGACAAGUGCCGAAUCCUGGCGACUCACCAGCUUCACGUUCUCAGUCGUUGUGACCGCAUCAUAUGGAUGCAGGAGGGCCAUAUUGAAACAGUGGAUACUUUUGCAAACUUGAUCAACAACAAUGAGGCCUUUCAAAAGUUGAUGGCAAGCACGGCUCAAGAGGAGAAGGUCGAGAAAGAAAAUGCUGUCAAUGAGGACGAUGUUGAGCAUGAGAAGAAGGACGCAAAGAAAAGGAAGACCAAUAAGCGCGGAGCUGCACUUAUGCAGCAGGAAGAACGAGCGGUAAAGAGUGUGAGCUGGAGUGUAUACAUUGCUUACGUUCGUGCCUCGGGCUCGCUACUAUUCGCGCCGAUGGUCUUCCUGAUUUUAGUCAUCUCUCAGGGCGCGAACAUCACAACAAGUCUAUGGCUAUCAUGGUGGACGUCAAACAAGUUUGGCUUCACGGAGGGACAGUAUAUCGGUGCCUACGUUGCUCUCGGAGUAGUGCAGGCAUUAUUGAUGUUCACUUUCUCUGUCUCUCUCACAACGUUAGGCACAAGAGCGUCGAGGGUUAUGCUGCAGAAAGCCAUGACUCGGGUUUUGAGAGCACCGAUGAGCUUUUUCGACACAACUCCACUUGGACGGAUCACGAAUAGAUUCGCUAAGGACGUCGACAUCAUGGACAACAAUCUGACAGACGCCAUGCGAAUGUACUUCUUUACCCUGGCAAUGAUCACUUCUGUGUUUAUCCUGAUCAUUGUUUACUUCCAUUACUUUGCUAUCGCCCUCGGACCUUUGUUCCUAAUGUUUCUGUUUUCUGCAAGCUACUAUCGAUCGUCCGCGCGAGAGAUCAAGCGCCAUGAGUCAGUGCUUCGUUCUGAGGUGUUUGCACGCUUCAGCGAAGCAGUCUCCGGUACCGCCAGUAUUCGAGCGUAUGGUCUACAAGAUUACUUCGUCACAGGGAUCCAUAAAUCUGUGGACCAAAUGAAUUCGGCUUACUACCUCACGUUCUCCAAUCAAAGAUGGUUGAGCGUAAGACUUGACGCGAUUGGGAACCUCUUGGUCUUCACGACGGGCAUUCUGGUGGUGACCUCGCGCUUCAAUGUUUCCCCAAGUAUCGGCGGCCUGGUUCUAUCCUACAUCUUGUCGAUCGUGCAAAUGAUCCAAUUCACCGUCCGACAGCUUGCAGAAGUGGAGAAUGCAAUGGUAUCCACUGAGCGUCUUUACUACUACGGCACUGAACUUGAUGAAGAGCCUCCUCUACACAUGAAAGACAUACCGGACAGCUGGCCCCAGAAAGGCGAGAUCGUCUUCGACGAAGUCCAAAUGCGCUAUCGAGAUGGUCUUCCCCUAGUCCUACAAGGUCUCAACAUGACCGUAGCCGGAGGUGAGCGCAUCGGCAUUGUCGGCCGCACUGGAGCCGGCAAAUCGAGUAUCAUGUCAACUCUCUUUAGACUUGUUGAGCUCUCCGGCGGAUCCAUCAGCAUCGACGGCGUUAAUAUCGCUCAAGUCGGCUUGAAAGACCUCCGCACACGCCUUGCGAUUAUCCCGCAGGACCCUACUCUUUUCCGUGGUACGAUUCGCUCCAAUCUCGAUCCCUUCAACGAACAUACCGAUCUCGAGCUCUGGUCGGCCUUACGGCAAUCUGAUCUCGUAGAUGCGGACGCCAACCUCGACGACAAGGCCCACGGUCGCAUCCAUCUCGACGGUAUCGUUGAAGAGGAGGGCUUGAAUUUCUCCCUCGGACAGCGGCAACUCAUGGCUCUCGCUCGAGCAUUGGUCCGUGGCUCCCAAAUCAUCGUCUGCGACGAAGCUACUUCAUCUGUGGAUAUGGAAACGGAUCAGAAGAUCCAGCGGACGAUACAGACAGGCUUCAGGGGCAAGACGUUGCUUUGCAUUGCGCAUAGGCUCAAGACGAUUAUUACCUAUGAUCGGAUCUGUGUGAUGGACCAGGGAAGGAUAGCAGAGUUGGAUACACCAAUUAGGUUGUGGAAGGAGGGAGGUAUAUUCAGAGGGAUGUGUGAUAGAAGUGGCAUUCGGAGAGAAGAUUUUGAGGAAAAUAAAGAAGAGUAG